AUGCCAUCUCUUGGCAUCGAAACCUCCUGUGACGACACAGCAGUAGGCAUUGUCACUUCUUCUCGUGCCAUUCUUAGUGACUGCAUUCAUCUUCAAUCCCACCUUCACGAGCCCAAGGGCGGAAUAGUACUCACGCUCGCUAUGGUAAGUCAUAGAAAGAAUCUACCGACAGUGAUUAGAGACGUAGUGGAAGAGGCAAGAGUUGACGUUCUUAGGGAUGUUGAUAUCAUUGCUGUUACAAUAGGGCCGGGAUUAGGUCCCUGUUUGGGCGUUGGCGUAGACGCGGCUAAGAGUCUGGCUUGUGUUUUGAGGAAGCCAAUAAUUGGAUUUCAUCAUAUGGAAGCUCACGCUCUGACUCUGCGUCUCUUGAAUCCACUUCUCUCCUUUCCCUAUCUGACUCUAUUAAUUUCCGGUGGCCAUACGCUGAUGCUGUUAACCCGCCACGUGAAUUCUCAUACUAUUCUCUCUACGACGGUUGGUGACUCGAUCAGUGAAGCAUUUGACAAAGUCACCCGCCUCUUAAACAUUCCUUGGCUUCCCGGGCGCUCUGGUGGCCUGGCGCUGCACUCGGACGCUAUGCUUCUCUUGGACAAAUUUCAACUUCAACAUUUAACUGGAUUGAAAACGGCAGUGAAAUAUUUGAUCGAGGAGGAAAAGUUGGAUGUAGAAGAUGAAGAGGUCAGGAGAGAUCUGGCAGCUGUGUUUCAAUAUGUCGCUGUAGAGCAUUUGAUCGGAACGUCGAACAAGCUAGCGACGGAGGACGAUAUUGAACUAUUUUUCCCACCUCCUGAGCUUUGCGCAGAUAAUGGAGUAAUGAUUGCCUGGGCUGGUAUCAAAUUGACGGUUACUUUUUUGAACAAAAUACCGAAAUGGCCGAUCGAUAUUUUGAGAUAA